AUGCCUCCAGCUCCAGAGAACCAGGAACCCAAGGUGCCUGAAGCUCCAGCCCAAGAGCCCCCAGCUCCAGCCCAAGAGCGUCCAGCAUGGAUUCAUACUGCCCCAACAUGGAUCAAGAUGCCACCAGCUCCAGUGAGCCAGGAAGUUCAGGAACCCAAGGUGCCUGAAGCUCCAGCCCAAGAGCCCCCAGCAUGGGCCCAGUUGCGUCCAGCAUGGAUCAUGCCUCCAGCUCCAGUGAACCAGGAACCCAAGGUGCCUGAAGCUCCAGCCCAAGAGCCCCCUGCAUGGGCCCAGUUGCGUCCAGCAUGGAUCAUGCCUCCAGCUCAAGUGAACCAGGAACCCAAGGUGCCUGAGGCUCCAGCCCAAGAGCCCCCAGCAUGGGCCCAAAUGCACCCAACAGGGAUCAUGCCUCCAGCUCCAGUGAACCAGGAACACAAGGUGCCAGAAGCUCCAGCCCAAAAGCCCCCAACGCUGGCCCAGAAACUCCCACAACAGAAUAAGCCUCCAGUGAGCCAGGCACCAGCCCAAACGCCACAGUCUCCGAUGACUCCAAUAGACCCUGUUGGGGGUAGUUUUGGCAGCUCCUUCAUGGAGGGUGUCGGUGGAGAGGCUACCUCUAAUGGUGGUGCUACUGAGGGUCCUUCAUCAGGGCGAGAGCGCUACCUUGUUAUCACCGAGCCCUUGGGUUUUCAAACCCGCUACGUGGUGAAGUCCUUCAAUCGUUAUGUGCGAGGAAAAAAGAUCUAUUCCCAAACCACCUACAUCCCUCUAGAUUAUCAGCCUGCUCCUGAGCCUGCUCCUGUCCCCACUCUUCCUCUGCAAGAAGCCCAGGUGGUCCAAACUGUGAAGGCCACCCCUGCAAGAAAAGGAUAGGCUUGCCCAGUUGACCUUCUGUGGCUUUGGACUUCAAUCCACAUUGUGUAUCUGGGCCCUUGUUGCAUCGUGGCUUAAAAAUAAACUGAAACGUACAAAAUC